AUGACUGGCGCAAAGCGAAGCCACGCCGAGGUCGUCAAAGAUGACAAGGCGAUCUCUUCGUUGUACUCAUCCUUGCCAGAAGGAAAACCAUCGAAGAGGCAGCGGAAGGAUAUAGACAUACCCGUUCAACCCACAACGGAUAGUCCACCAGUGACAGCCAAGGCCGACACCAACAUGGAAGAGGCACCCGAUGACGCUGAUGCGCAGCAUGAUGCCCCAGUGUUUAUGAGUGUCACAGCUGCUCCAACUGAUGUAGGGAUCUCUUUGCCUGUGGCUGUCAGCAAGCCGUUUCUUAAGUUCGCCUCUAAAUGGUUUGAGGAGGAGGAUGUCGUUCUACCCUGGGACGCUGGCGGCAGCAAAGAGCAGAAGCGACUGAAGGGCUUGGGCCUUGGACAGGAGAAUUUUCCUCUCGUUGUUUCCGUUGCUGUUGUUCGUGCUACGCCUACUAGACCAGCUCCGCAGAAUCGUCCCAAACCAAAGAAAGAAGUGAUGACGAUGCAGACUGCUGCUAAUGAAUCGUUAGAAGUUGAAGAAGAUGAACAAGAGGACCACGUUGCUGACUCGCAUGAGGAAGAGGAUGAGCGCAAAGCUGCCGAAGAAGAUCACGAGGCACGAUUGAGCGCGACUAUCCUCCCUGGCCAUAUGCUCGAUCGCGUUCGAGCGGCAGUCAACAUCUUUAGCGAAGAAUUAGCCAUAUUGGAUUCAUCAGCCAGUGGGCAGUCCGUAACACUCGUUCGAGCCGCCUUGUUGGAACACUGUGGUGCACCUCAUGAUCAAUACGUGUUGAAGAAUGGGUAUCGCCAGGCGCGCCCGCAGGCAUUGCGAGCAUUGGCCAAUGCGAUCUCACCUUGGCCGCGGAAUGGCUUGCCUACCCACGACUUCGACUUUCAGGAGAAGACGCUUGAUCAGGGCGUCAACAGCCCAGACGUCCUCGGAGUGAUGAAUCAGGAGGAAGUCCAGACAACGAAGAUCGACUGGGAUAUGGACUCCAUGGUCGAACUGUACCAACUCUGUGCCGCGAUGGAAUCCUCCAUCGUGAAAGACAUGAUUGCAAACGAGAUGCGAGAUCUCUAUCAGGCACAUGUUAGCCAAGGCACGGUAACAGAGUUCAUUCCACCAGUGGACUUCAUGAACACGCUCACCCAUAAAGAUAACCAGCCCUUCCUCCGUCUGCUAGUUGACAUUGUGAUCGAGCAGAACAUAAAACAUGGCAUAGUCUACCCAGAAUCCAUCGGUAGCACCCUCUUCGACGCCUUGAGAGCCAAAACAGAGGCCAAUCACAUGCGCGGUAUCAUCACCCGAGACGGUAAACUCGCGCAGCAAGGCCGUCGAAAUGCCUUGGUCAUGAUGUCGCAACGCGAAGAAGAGAAGACUGCGUUUGCACUGUUAAGGUUCGAGCAAUUGCUGAGAGUCAUUGAUAAGUGCCAUGUUGAAGGACAGAUGUUUGAGCAGCCGAAGCACAAGGUUGCACAAAGAAAGUUGCUGAGCAUCAUCGAGAAGGCACAGUGGGAGCAUCGCAAUGACUGGGCAUACUUUGCCAAGUUUUGCGAUAUGGAGGACGAGUGGAGGAGUAGCUGGUUCGGUAUCUAG